CCAAAAGAAGAGAACAUUUCUUUUCUACAUCUGCUAAAGAAAUGACUGCUGUUAAACACAGAUCGCCAGUGUUCUAAGAUGAAUCCAGAUGUUGAAAAGAGUCCCAGUUUGCUCUUAUGACUUUCUUUAAAGCAUAAGCAAAUGUCUGUUUCUUGGAUGAUUUUCUCUUCAGCAGUGGACAUUAUUAUCAUUUCUAUUAAGCAGAAUGACUAUUAGAUGCCACGUCAUAACCAGCUCUCCAGUAUAUUAGGAGGACAAGGCUUGAUACUGAAUAUUGGAACUGUUGGCAAGAAAAUGAAAGUCCGUGACUGCUGCGAGUUAUUUUUAAAGCUCUAGUUGCAUGGCCAUUAUGUCUCAAAUACUGUAUAAUUAUCCCUAGUUACUGAUAUCUUUAGUAUAUUUGAAACCAUCUAUAUGUGGCCUAAAGCCACACAGCUAUAUUAAGACAUUUUUAAACAGUCAAAGCAAUGACACUGUAAGUUAAAAGAAAAUUAUGUGAAGCAAAUACUUUUUUAAAAAAUUUGAUUAAAUGCACAUUUUUAGUUCUCCAGUAAUAAUCUGUUCUAUCAGUUAAGUAGGGUGAUUGAAAACUUAAACAAUGGUUACAAGAAGGAAGAGGGUCAUGUUUUCCAGGAGCAGAAUUUAUCUGUAGGAUUGAUUUGCAAGAUAUGUAUUAUUCUGACACCAUGGCACUCACUCUAGCCUGGGCAACAAAGCGAGACUCUGUCUCCAAAAAAAAAAAGAUAUGUAUUAUUUACUCCAUUAUAGAGACAACUGAGGCUUAGCACUCCCCACUCUGUCUCCACCACCAUCUCUGUCAUUUGUCUAAAAGUAUUAGUGAUCCUGAAGUUGGUAACACAUAAAUUAAAUAAGUCAUCAUAUUGGAGAACAUGGUUGUCUUUUCUUGUUAUCAACCUGAAAAUAAUUAGGGAUUUUUACUAAACAUUUCAAGAUUUCUUUUGUAAACUGGUAGAAAUUCAUUUUCCAUGAGUUUAGACUUUUAAACUGAUUUCUUCUCACAGGAUAAAUCACCUCCUGGCAUUAUAAGUUCCAUAAAUUUGCUAUUUUCUAGGUAAAAUGGUGCUUCCUUUUAUUUGUCUCAGAGUUAGCCUCUUUUCUGGUUUCUGGCAUUCUUCUACACUGUCUACUUGAUGCCCUGGGACUCUUUAUAAAAGAACUAUCUAGAAAGGAAUUCUGGUGUUUGUCUUCUUGUCCUUUGGAUUAAUAGCCAAUGACAAUGAAUUGAGACUUUGGCUUGCCCUAAAGGGCAGAAGCAUUUCUGUUAUGUUGUAUUCACAGUAGAGGUAACAUUUCUGCCUGAAGCCUGACCUCAAGAGGGCAAGGACGGGACACCCUGCUUAGACCAAGGCACUUAAGGAACACAGUGAUCCCUAAGUUUGGGCCACUGGAAGAACAGCUCUGUUCUAAGGCUGUAAGAGGCCAGGCUCAGUGAAAGUAAGAUUAGGGUGAUUUCCUAAUCUCUCAGGUCUUAGUACUGUUGGCACUCCUGUGGCCCAGCCAAGCUUAUUCCACUUUGUUCUACCUGCAUUAUCUUAAUCCUCACCAUAGCCAUAUAAGACCCCAUUUCGUAGAUGAGGAAACUGAGGCCUAGAGUAACUGGCCUGGCAUUACAAGAUAGGAUUUAAGCCUAUGGUCUUUUGAUCUCAGUCUUAACUGCCAUGUGUCACAGUUCCUACAUGUAUUCAGUGCAGGUAUGUUACAUGUACACACUCUAAUAGUUACUGUAAUUUCACAAGAUAGGCAAGCAGUAUGAUCCUAAUUUUUACAGAUGGAGAAACUUAAGACUCGGAGCAGGUACUAAGUGCUUGAAGCCACACAGAUAACCAGCCACAUCUGGUUCCAAAGAUGGAACCAGAAUGUAAGCCCAGGUCUGACCCCCAGAGCCAGUGCUCUUUCCCCUCUGCCAUUCUUCCUUUCCGUCCUGUGACCCAGUAUCUGCUGUAUAACCUCUCCUGUUGGCGCUAGACAUUUUGCCUUUUGACAUCAUGGUAUCUGACAGCACUGUGAUGUGAGACUCUCUGGGAGCCCUGGCCCCUGGCAGUGGAUACCAUCGGACUGGCCUCUGUCACCAGUGUUAAGUGCAACUCUUUGAAAACUCCCCCUUGACUCCCUGCAGUCAGGGUUAGCUAUUGUUCCCUGGUGUGCUGGCCUGUUGGAAGCCACCCUGUGGUCCUGCAGGUGUUGCUGCCGAGUUUGACCCAAGGCCCCUGUCGCUGUCGCAGCCACAGCCAUGGGCUGGGAAGCAGUUCAAGCAGCUGUCUGGAAAUCCCCCAUUGCUCCCGUUGUCCCGAACUGCACGGGGGAGGGCGGCUGUCCGCUCCAUUGAUUCCUUCCCUCAUAGCUGGGGGUGACAGCUUGGAAAACCUUCAGCUGUUUACAAUUCAGCUUAUGUACACUUCAGCUGGGGAUUGUGGGUGAGUCAGAAGGGCUGCUCUCUUUGCCUGAGUCCUGAGAGACAGCAUGAAAGUCAGCUGUAUGGUAAUGGCUGCCAGUAAGGGAGGAGCCCUGUCCCUAACAGAUGCCUUAAGUGGAGAUGGUCAGCCUAGAUGCUUAAGGUCCAAGGCCAAGGCCAUCUGCUCUCCAGUCCUUCUAACCCAGACCCAACAAGGGCAUUUUGCAGUGACACUGGGGGGUAGAAGCGGGAAGAGGGGGUUGUUCCCCUGACUCAGCCUAUAUUUCAAUUCCUCUGGCUGGCUCUCCUGCAAAGAACCUGGGUGUGGAUCCAGGGCCACACCUCCCCGUGACCCUCAGCAGAGCCCCAGAGGGAUCCUCCUGUCACUGCUCUGUCUUCUUCCCCUGUGGCUGAGAGGCUCUUCAGAGCAGACUGCCCUUGUUUGACGAGCUGAGGAAGGUGCCCUGAGGGGCAGGGAAGUGGUGGUGUAUCCUGUGUGGGAGCCACAGCCUGCUGUGUGUCCUCCAGGCAAGGAGGGCUUGCCUGCCUGACAGCUCUGUCCUUAGCGGAGUUGAAAAGUUACAAACAUUUGGCCUUGGUUCCUCCCACCUUGGUACGCAGAGGACCCAGGGUAAGAAGAGGCCUACAAUUUUCCCACCACCAAAAGCUCAUUUUGUGUGUGUUUUAGAAGAUGCCAUCUUCCAAAUAAAUGGCCUUCACUCUUGACAGUUCUAAAGUGCACACUUGUAACAUGUACAGUGUGCACUUGAGAUGCAUGUGUAAUCAAUGCGAGCUGAGUAUAAAAACUCUUAUGGGGGAGAUGAUGGGUCAUCUUAACAACUGAUAGCGUUUUAGAAUUUGGGAAACAUGGCAUGAAAUUAUAGCACAUUUUGCCCUAUUGCAGGUAUAUAUGCUAUUUCCUUUUAGGCUUCUUAAAAUCUUGAAUCUGGCUUGUGGAUCCUGCUUUGAUCAGGGAUCCCUUCCUUAGUAUAGGAAUCCCAGUUUGGUAACCACCCUUCUAAAUCAUCCCACCCUUCUCAGCCCAAGAAUGCUCCAGCCCUUGUGCGACGUCUGGCCCCUGCUUCAAUAUGUCUCAGAGCGCAGUUUACAUGUUCUGUCCUCUUUUCCCAAGUGCCUUCAUGCUGUCCCAUGGCUAAUAAAGCACAGCCCACCCAGGGAAGUCUAAAGCACUGGCUUCUGCCACUGCCUGCCUUUUGUGACCUUGGAGACAGGGCAGGGCAUUGUUCAUGCACUGACCGACCUCAGCAGCCCCGGCAUGACCUCAGGGAACGGAAAUUCUGCCUCCAGCAUCGCCGGCACUGCCCCCCAGAAUGGUGAGAAUAAACCACCACAGGCCAUUGUGAAACCCCAAAUCCUGACGCAUGUUAUCGAAGGGUUUGUGAUCCAGGAGGGGGCGGAGCCUUUCCCGGUGGGACGUUCGUCCCUGCUGGUGGGGAAUCUCAAGAAGAAGUAUGCACAGGGGUUCUUGCCUGAGAAACUUCCACAGCAAGAGCACACAACCACCACUGACUCGGAGAUGGAAGAGCCCUAUCUGCAAGAAUCCAAAGAGGAGGGUACACCCCUCAAACUCAAGUGUGAGCUCUGUGGCCGGGUGGACUUUGCCUACAAGUUCAAGCGUUCCAAGCGCUUCUGUUCCAUGGCUUGUGCAAAGAGGUACAACGUGGGAUGCACCAAACGCGUGGGUCUGUUCCACUCUGACCGGAGCAAGCUGCAGAAGGCAGGAGCCACAACCCACAACCGCCGUCGGGCCAGCAAAGCCAGUCUGCCAACACUUACCAAGGAUACCAAGAAGCAGCCAACAGGCACUGUACCCCUUUCAGUUACUGCUGCCUUGCAGCUAACACACAGCCAGGAAGACUCUAGCCGUUGCUCAGAUAACUCAAGCUAUGAGGAACCCCUGUCACCCAUCUCAGCCAGCUCAUCCACCUCCCGCCGGCGACAAGGCCAGCGGGACCUGGAGCUCCCCGACAUGCACAUGCGGGACCUGGUGGGCAUGGGACAUCACUUCCUGCCAAGUGAGCCCACCAAAUGGAACGUGGAAGAUGUCUACGAAUUCAUCCGCUCUCUGCCAGGCUGCCAAGAGAUAGCAGAGGAAUUCCGUGCCCAGGAAAUCGACGGGCAAGCUCUGCUGCUGCUCAAGGAGGACCACCUGAUGAGUGCCAUGAACAUCAAGCUGGGGCCCGCCCUGAAGAUCUACGCUCGCAUCAGCAUGCUCAAGGACUCCUAGGGCUGGCCGGGCAGCCAGCAUUCUGGCCCAGGCUUCCUCCUCCCGACUGAGCAGAGCCAGACAGACAUUCCUGAGGGGCCCAGAAAUGGGGCCAGUCGGAGGGAAGGGGCUCUCCCUAGGGGCAUGGCUGGUGAGGAGGUCUGGGCACCUCCUCCGUGGCUCUCAGGGGCCUUUCAUUUCUGUGGGAGGGGCAGAGAGGUAGGUGGCAAAGAAGAUGGGGCUUUAUGCUUGUAAAUAUUGAUAGCACUGGCUUCCUCCAAAGUCCCAAUCCUCUAGCCCCGCUCUCUUCCCCUUUCUCUGUCCCCCAUUUUCCAGGGGGUAUAUGGUCAGGGCUCCCCAACCUGAGUUGGGUUACUUCCAAGGGCAGCCAGCAGGCCUGGAUAGAGGCCUAGAAAGCCCUUGCCUUCCUUCCUCCCACUUCUUUCUCCGGGCCUGGUUAACUCUUCCGUUGCCAGCUUCUCCCCCUUCAGCCUGCUUCUGCAGCAGCCGGGGUUUCCCCCCAUACCCUCUGCAGGUGGAGAGAGAGAAGCUGGGCCCAGUUGGGCCAUGCCUGCUGGCACAGACGCCUUAACGCUGUGUGUAUGACUGUAUGACUGUGUGGGAGCCUGGACUGACAGAUGGGCCAAGGGCCAGCCUCUGGCAUCUCCAGGUGUUUUGUAGCAAACAGCCACUUAGUGCUUUGUCCUGGACUCCACUCGGUCUCAGGAUGGGGAAUAGCAAAGAAGGACAGCCCGGUGCAGAGAGGCAAGAUCAGAGAAAGACAGAGAUCGGGAGAUUUCCCUUUCCAGACUGGUCAAGGUGUCUCUGACCCCCUGCCCCACACUGUGAAGCUCCCCUGACCGCCCUCCUGGCUCACAAACAGCAUUAAGCAAGCUGCGGUGGGCUGGGCCGCAAAGCCCGCCUGCCCGGCUGCCCUGCAAGCCCCAGUGAACGCUGAGGGGAGAGAACCGCUGAUGUGACCGUGAUGUGAUGUGAGGAAGGCAGCUCUUGGCCUCCCGCUCCCACACUUCUUUGCCUAUAAAACUUGCUAGCAGCAGUUGCAGCUGCCUGAGGAGGCGGCAGGGCAGGAAGGGCGAGGGCCUGCCUCUGACUUGCCCUGUCCUUUGCAGGCUCCUGGGGGUGUCCUUUGCAGAAAGGGGGUGGGCACCUUUCUCAGCUUGUUCUAUUCCCCACCCGCACCCCCAGCCAGGGUUGGAAAUGAAGGACUUUUUUAACCUUUUUUGUUUUUUAAAAAUAAAUCUGUAAAAUCCA